UAGUCAUGGCGUGCGGAAUAUCCAAGGAUAAAUACCCACCACGGGUCUUUGGAAACGAAGUUGAAGGACAGAGAAAGGAGCUAGCUAGCCACAAGAGUGUAGUAAGUGCCUAGCAAACUUUACUAGUGCAUUCUUCUUCUUCUACCAUCCUUUUGUUUUGCCACAAAACAAGACUCCAUAUAACAAAUCAAGAUGGUAAGAGCUCCUUGUUGUGAAAAAAUGGGACUGAAAAAGGGUCCUUGGGCUGCUGAGGAAGAUGAAAUCCUCACAUCAUACAUCCAAAAACAUGGCCAUGGCAACUGGCGUGCCCUUCCAAAGCAAGCAGGCUUGUUAAGGUGUGGGAAGAGCUGCAGACUGCGCUGGAUUAACUAUUUGAGGCCUGAUAUCAAGAGAGGGAAUUUCACAGCCGAAGAGGAGGAAUCAAUCAUUAAGCUGCAUGAAAUGCUUGGGAACAGGUGGUCAGCAAUUGCAGCAAAAUUACCAGGAAGAACAGACAAUGAAAUAAAAAAUGUGUGGCACACUCAUUUGAAGAAGAAGCUGCCAAAAACAGAACACCAACAACAACCAAGCUCAAAACCCAAAAUUAGAGUCUCUAAAUCGAAAAUUAAACGCUCUGAUUCCAAUUCCAGCACCAUAACUCAAUCAUCAGAACCUGUUACUCUUAGUUUCCGUGACAUGGAGUCUUCAUCAGCAUGCACUACAACAACUUCUAGUGAUUUUUCAUCAGUCACUGUUGGUGAUGAGAGCCAAAAAAAUGCUAAAAGUGAAGAAGAUACAGAGUCUAUGGAGACAAUGCCUGAAAUUGAUGAGAGUUUCUGGUCAGAAGCAGCUAUGGAUGAUGAAAUUGAAACCCCCUCAUUGCCAUCUUUGACAGUCUCAAAUGAAUUACCACUUGAAGAACCAUUUAAUUAUGAUGAAACUUUCAAGCAGAGCUAUGGCUCUAAUUCAAACUUUGAUGAUGGCAUGGAUUUCUGGUAUGACAUAUUCAUCAAAACUGAGGAUCCAGUAGAACUGCCCGAGUUCUGAAUUUGUCACAAGCAUGAUCAAUGAGGGUAUUAUUAAAUUGGGGAGAUCAUAGAUUAGUUUUAAUGACAUGGUAACUCGAAUUUGACCGUUUGACAACAUUAUUAUCAUGUUUGGAUCAACUAAUUUAUCCUCAGAAUCAAUUCAACCUCGAGAAGCUACCCACGUAAGCUUCUCCGGCUACUUAUAUGGAAAAGGGAGUGCAAGUGAAAUACUGACUUUUUUUUUCCUUCUUUUAUGUAUACUGUGCAAAUCAGCAAGUCUCUCUAACUUUUUUUGCUUUUCUACAAAUUAGUGUUUAGUUAGGUCAGAGUUAAUUGAUUGUAAUACUAAUAAAUGAUGUACUUUUAUGAUGAAGUGUUCAAAAUUCUCAUGCCC